AGCUUUUGGUUUAUCCAGGGGAACGGGUGAGAAGUGAGCGGCGGGGACGAGGAAAGUUCAAUGGUAGUGAGAGCGAGUCCGAGGAAGGGGCUCAGUAGGCAGACAACCUUUGGUGAGGAAAGGUGUGCGCAGCAGCUCCGCUUCACAAGAUGACCAACCCAGCAGCCACAGAGAGCGGGGCGACGUGCGGCGUGGCGGAGAAAGGCAAGGGUGGUGACAGCGGCAAUGCAGGCAAGGAGAGGGUAGAGAGGGUGAAGAAGAGUCUGGUGCCGCCCAAGACUCCUUUCACACGAAACCUCUCUCGCUCCCAGCUCAAGGAGUUCCGCGAAGCUUUCCGGCUGUUUGACAAGGACGGGGACGGCACCAUCACGAGCCAUGAGCUGGGACUCUUCAUGCGGAACCUGGGCCAGUUCGCCACCGAGGAGGAGCUGCGUGUCAUGGUGGACGAGGUGGACACAGACGGCGAUGGCACCUUCAGCUUCAACGAGUUCGUGGAGAUUGUGUGUAACAUGGGCGGAGGUGGCGAGCGGCCAGCUGAGGACGAGGAGAAGGAGAUGCGGGACGCCUUCAAGAUCUUUGAUAAGCACGAGCGUGGCUACAUCUGCGCUAGUGAUCUCCGGGCGGUGCUGCAGUGCCUCGGGGAGGACCUAUCUGAGGAGGAGAUCGAGGACAUGAUCCGUGAAGUAACAUCGACGGGGAUGGGACGGAUCGACUUUGAAGAGUUCGUGAAGGCGCUGGGGGAGAAUGACGACAGCGACGACGAGGAGGAGGCGAGGGACGAGGACGACGACGAAGAGCGAAAAUGAGCGAGUAGGGGCGUGAGCAAGAAAGCAGAGGCGCUUCAGAGAAAAUGUUGGUGUGGAAUGGGGUACUUCGGGAGAUUUGUUGGGCCAGUGAAUUGCAGUGGUUAGUGUGUGUGUGUGCGUGUGUGUAUGUGUGUGCGCGCUAAUCAGGUGUGUGUAUGAGUCUUCCUUUAGUUUAUUCACUGUAUCUGUUGUUUAUAAAGUGAGGAUGGCGGUGAUGGUGAUGGGUUGAAUGCAGGAAUUAAAUAGAAUCAGGUACACGUAUAUUCAAUUACUUACCUGCCCAGAGUGUUAGUGUAAAAAUGUUUGCUUUGUUUGUUUGUGAAAGUAUGCGAAUAAGAGGCGGUGUAGGGAACACUAAAAUCCUUAAAAUCCUUUGUACUGAAUAAUCCGAAUACCUAAUCGUGCAAUCUGAAAUAUGCGAAAUAUUAUGUAAUUUUAAGGAACAAAUAUGAAUGAGGAUGGGAAAGAGGAGGGAAGAGGAAAGCGUGGGAGUGGGAAAGAUGAAUGAAGAAAAGAAGGGAGGAGGAAGAAGUGGAUAGGAGGAGAUAUAAGUGAGAUUCCUUUAAUUUAUCUAUGUACUUAAGCACCCUUCAUAUCACUACUAUUACUAACCUGACAUUUAGGUACAGUGAGUGCAGGAGGGAGAAAGGAAGGUGGCUGAGGAAGAAAAAGGAGAAUGGAAAAGUAACGAGAGGAUAGGAGGAGGCAUAAAUGAGAGUCCUUCCUUUCCCUUUACCUAUGUACUUCAGCGCCCUUCCAACCUUGUUAUAUAUUGAAAGUAUACGAGCUGUCCAUUGUGUUACCGUAUAGCAAACACAACUUAUGUAGCGAGUCAUUUAGCUCAGUUUUCACCUGUAACCCUUAAUCCUUAGGUCGUCAUUAGCACAUUAGUCAUAGCGUAGGGCAUUUUUAUGUUUUGGGUCUGUGAGGAGAGUAAAGUGUGGGGGGAAAAGAAAAUAAGAAAAGUAAAGGUUAAUGGACUGAAUUCCCUAACUAAGGUCCGUUUAAUUCCACUGCUGGACAAUGUUUUUCAUGACCACAUGCAACAUUUUUUUUUUUACUUUUAUUUUUAUAGUACAGUUUCUUAAAUGGUUCUGUAGCGUAGGGAUAUCGAAAAGAUAGAUAACCCUCGAUGCUCUCUCUCUUCUUUUUUUUUUAUUCGUGUGGCCAUGCAAAUAGGUUUUUUUUUUUUAUGGUACCCUGAAUGUUACGAAGGGAUGAUCAUAGCACUAAAAAGACUAUUAAACUCCAAAGCUACAAGGAAGUGUGAAAGAAUUCUCAAGGAUUGUGAGAAAAAGAUGUCUAGCAGAGGAAGAAAAGAAGAACAAAAAGAACAAAAAGUAAUGGACUGAAUUGACAUCUUUUAAACUCCAAAGCUACAGGAAAGUGUAUCUGAAAGAAUUCUAAGGGAUUGUGAGAAAAAGAUGUCUGGGAAUGAGAGGGUUAAACUCAAAAGAAAAAAGAAAAAGAACAGAAGAUAAUGGACUGAACUAACAUCUUUUAAACCCCAAAGCUACAAGGAAGAGCGGUCCAUAAGAGAAUGUGUAUGUACAAUAUCCACGUGGCUGUAAAACGCAGGGGUCCCAACACGAGACCCUUCACGAGUUGGGUAGUUUCAUAAUUCAUAGCUAUGUUUUUUUUUUACGCAGCUUUACCAAAUCUUACCUGUUCUCUUCGUUUAAGAUUAAGGUUGAGGUGAGGUCGCUUUCCAUGUUAGUUCAUCUUGGCCAGUUUGUAUCCACUUACCUUUUUCCUCAUAUUUUUUCGAUAUAUAUUCUCUCUCUCUCUCUCUCUCUCUCUCUCUCUCUCUCUCUCUCUCUCUCUCUCUCUCUCUCUCUCUCUCUCUCUCUCUCUCUCUCUCUAAGCGUUCUGGAAACCAAUAAAAAGUCUAUCCAGUGACAAGUCUGUACA